UAAAUGAUUGCCUUGUUUUCUUCACAGUAAUCUUAGCCUUCAAUCCUAUUGAUUCUGUUUCCUCCAUAAGACCCCUGUGGGGUGGGAGUGGCUCAGUCUGCGGCAGGAUUACGCAGACCCCUCUCUCUCUGUCUGGUGUGACGUAUGUACAGAAUAAGAGCAGCCAUUGGCACAGGCGGAACCUACCAUCUUCAUCACUUCAGAGGGGUGGGUGGUGUCUGUGCAGCAUCCUUUUUAAAUGCAUCAGAUUUCCCAUUCUGAAUAUUUUUUUCAUUUAUAACCAUUAUAUAAUAUGCUCCUGCGCUUGGACAAAGCCAGUGUGAUCAUUAGCAGCUUUAGUUACUCACAGUUUAGAGUUUUCUUCCUCCUUCACCCCUCCUCCUCUUCCUCCCCUCUUCUCCUACCCGGUAGUCCAACGUGGCCAGGUGAACGGAGGCAGGCAUGACGACAGAUGGCCCGUACAGUCUGAGGGAUUAUUUAUUAACACCAAGCAGCUCACAUUCUCUUGCACACACAAACACAGGUGUACACACCCACUAACGUAGACCAGCGGACUCUGUUUUCACAUAUACACAGGGCAGCAGGACGAUGGCUGGGACACAGCUGCUAGGACACAGCACAGCCAGCACACAGUAGAAGAACAAGGGAGUCAGAAGAAGAAGGGAUUUAACUGAUGGACGGAGACGCAGAGGGAAGUUUCUCUGCGGUCACAAUGGAGGUGUGGAGCUCCUCUGCCUCUGAGGAGGAGGAAGAGGACAAGAGCACGUCCAGUCUUGUGGAUGAAGUAGUGCACGAGAAGAUUUGCCUGAACAGCAACAACAAUAACAAUAAUAACAACAACAAAGACGGUCUUUGCAGGGAGGUGUCACAAGUGCUGUGCUCAGACAGAGUGGGCCAGGUCACCAAGACGUAUCAUGACAUUAAGGCGGUCACCCACCUGCUGGAGGAGAAAGAGCGGGAUCUGGAGUUAGCGGCACGUAUCGGUCAGUCUCUCCUGAAGCAAAACCAAGAACUAACGACACGCAAUGAAAUACUGGAUGAACAGCUUGAAACUGCAAAGGAGGAGAUUGCACAACUCCGUCACGAGCUCUCGAUGCGGGACGACCUCCUUCAAUUCUACGCGAGCACUGAAGAGACUGAGAACGCGGAGUCGCUCUCACCGAUUAAAAGGAAUGAAUCGUGCAGUUCUCUCACCAACUUUGUCCACUACGACUUCCUGCAGCAGAAACUGAAAGUUUUAGAAGAGGAUAACCGGAAACUAAGAUUAGAGGCUCAUGAGCUCACUACAGAGACGACCAACUACGAGGAGCAAGAGCAGGAGCUGAUGAUGGUGUGCGUGGAGGAGCUCUCAUCUGUCAACAAGCAGGUGGUUGACCUCUCAGAUGAGCUGGCACGGAAAGUAGAGGACACUCUCAGACAGCAGGAGGAGAUCAGCUCCCUGCUCGCUCAGAUUGUGGACCUGCAAGCCCGCUGCAAAGGGCUCUCCCAUGAGAACGAGGGCCUGAACCAGCAGCUGAGUGCCUCCCGUGAGAGUCAGAUCAAACUUAAAUCAGAGCUCAAGGACCUGCAGGACAAGUACUCUGAGUGUGGCGACAUGCUCCACGAGGCCCGAGAGGACAUUAAAAACCUGCGGAACAAGAGCGUGCCCAACAGCACGGUGCAGCGCUACACCGCACUGGCCUCUGUCCUGCCAAUGGACUCACUGGCAGCUGAGAUAGAGGGCACUUUCCGCAAAGGCCUGGACACCCCGGCUCCGUCAGAAUACAAGAACCACCCGUGGCGUGUGUUUGAAACAGUGAAGGUGGUGAACAAGGUGGGGAAGCUGCGGUCUCUGUGCCAGUCUCCGGCCCUCCCAGGCUCCAGCCCGGUGUCGGCUCGCUCCAGUCAUACCAGCACCCCCCGAACGAGCUACUAUGGCUCUGAUAAUGCCAGCUUCACCCUGGAAGAGAAACACAGCUCCACUCCAGCUCAGAAAGAGGACAACAGUGUUGUUGGGCCAAAGCGUCUGGGCCAGCCGGGCACCCCAGGGGGCCAGGACCUGGAAGCAGCUUUGCGCAGCCUGUCGGCCCGCCAACAGAGCCACUCCUCCGAGCGGCCUUUCUUCGAAGUGGAGCGUGAGCGUAAACUCCGUGCCUUGGAAGCAAACUGCGAGGACGGCGAGGUCUCCAGUGGCUUUCUGACGCCAAACAGCCUGGGGUCCAGCCCGGCCACAUCGACAGGCACCAACUACUCCAACGGCAGCUCACGGCCCUCCUGUGGCUCCUCGGCAGGAUCCAGGUCUUACCUGCCAGACCGCCUGCAGAUCGUCAAACCUCUGGAAGGCUCUGUGACUCUGCAUCAGUGGCAGCAGCUGGCCAAACCAAACCUGGGCGGCAUCCUGCAUCCGCGUCCGGGCGUCCUGACCAAAGACUUCAGGGAGCUCGAGGUGGACAUACAGCACGUCUACAGCCUGAACGACCUGGAGGAGGAUGAACCCGACCUGUCACAGCUCUCAGGAGCGCACGCCAUGGCCUCUCCACCUGGUCCCAACCUCCCUCAGACCUCUCCCCCACAUACCAUUACCACCCGCCAAGUCCUCCAACCCUCCCUCCUCAUCCCCUCCUUGUCUGCUAGUGGCAGAAAACGUCUGUCGAGGCUCUUUCUCCAGCUCUAGAAGGAGCAUUCGGGGCAAAGUAAGAGUCGGGGUGGAUUUACAGUGAAUGCUCAGUAAAUGUCUCGGAUAUCAACCACAGUUGCACUGUACCCUGUUUGUCUGACUAAAUAGUGUCUUGGUUAACAUUUGAAGAAGUUGUUUAGCCUUGAUUUUCACUAAGGAAGACUUUGUAUAACGUCUGAAAUUCCAUUUUCAAUGACCUAAUGUUCCUGGCUAUUUCAUGAAAAAGCAUGUACAUACUUACUUCUUACUAACCCUUUGUGACACAGAGUUGUUUAAAGCUGCUUUUCGACAUGCAAUGAACUCUGGAUAGUUUCCUUGCAUCGUCCGGACAGGCUGUAUUUAAGAACGCAAAUGUCCGAGUGAGAGGCUCCAGACAUUCUCUGGAGUUUUUACAAGGCUGCUGGCGGAAGAAACUCUAGAUAAUGUCCAGAGCCUCUCAAUACAGCUGGAGAUUCUCUGGAGCAUCCACCGCGAGCGAGUGGGAGUGUUUAUGACGUUUCUAACAAACGACAGAUGCAAAAAUGGAAAAGCAAGAAGAAUCCAAAUAUCUCAGGAUGAAAAAGCAGUGCCACACACAUAGACGACACAGAGGAGGAUGUCAAGAGAGCGUUUGGUGAUAAGGGCAGAUGUCGGUGUCAAUGUGCUGUCAACAAAAAUAAAUGAUAUCCUCAGAUGAA